UCACAAUUGAAUACUCCAUAUAUUUAUAUUAUAUAUAUAUAUAUCAUUAUACUAUUAUCAAACAAAAGUUGUCAAUUGUGACAUUAUUGAAUAGCAAUGGGGAUAGAAUAUUCUCAACUAUUUUGGACAAAAUUUCGAGAAUUGAGUCACAGUGACUUUAUAAAUCUAUAGCAAAUAAUUCAAAAUCUAUAGAAAAUGUAUGGAACUUAUGCGUAUUCGAAUGGCGCCAAGGUUCUUGGAAUAUUAGUUCCGUUAUUUCUGACUAUAGCGUUAGUUAUGAUAUGUGUUGGUAUAGGAUUGCCAUACUGGAUCAUUUUGGGAGAGACUAAUUAUGGGUUAUUCCAAGUGUGUAACAGUACCAUGUUUACACAGUGUUUCACCUCGGUGUCAUAUUUUUCGAACUAUACAAACAACAGUUUAACGUUUUGGUACACGAUGAUUUUCCUCGCAUGUUUUGGAGCAUUGUUUAUGCUGAUAUCUGAGAUUUGUGUGUUCAUCUACCCCUGCUAUAAAGUCAUUACAACACACAAAAUCAUCGUAGGCGUGGUUCUAGUUAUUUUCUUGUUACUUGGGUCUUUCUUCAUCUUAUCAGUAAAUGGACUUAUGAUAGGAGUUGCAGUGGAGUCUGCGCUGACAAAAACAACAGCCAGUCAGGCUUUCAAUUAUGUCGGAUGGACAUUUUACUUAUGUGGAGUAGGGGGAAUACUUGCUCUUGUAACGUCUAUUAUGUUUAUCAUUCAUCUCUAUCUAGCUGUUUACCAUUAGUUAUAUUACGUGUAUCUUUUUCGAAUGCGAUAUUAAUCGACCGAUAAAGGAGCGAAAAAACAAUUCUACGAUUCACCUCAAGAUGUUCUUCAGGAAGUGUUGACAUUUGAAGUAGAGAACUAAUAUGAUUGCAAUAAUACUAAAUUAGAUUUAAUGCAUGUUAGGGGAUUUUUUUUUCAAUACAAUAAUCCAUCCAUAAAUAUUGGUAAUGUAUAAGCCGUGUAAAUAUAUAAUUAUAAAGACAACACAUUUACGCUUUUCUAACCCAGGAAUAUAUUACCUUAGUUGUAUUUGGCAAAACUUUUAGGAAUGUUGGUCCCAAGUGCUCAUUUUCGUACUUUAUGUGGCCUUUUUAAUCGAGCGUCACUGAUGAGUCUUUUGUAGACGAAACGCGCGUCUGGUGUAAAUACAAAAUGUAAUCCUGGUAUCUAUGAUGAGUUUAUUUGAUGAAUUCAUUGCAGAAUUUAAGAAGAAAAAAACGAAAGGUUGUUUCGUAAUAGAUCAGUAAAAUUGUCUACGGGAUAAAAAGGUAAAAUUACAAAAAUAUCGAACUCCGAUGAAAAUUCAAAACGGUUCAAAAAAGCCCCUAAUCAAAUGGUAAAAUCAAAAGAUAAAACACAUCAAACGAAAUACUAUUAUUUAUAAGUAGUUGCCCUCGUUUUAUAUUAGCAGUCAACAUGCGUUGACCGUAUAUUUCUAUGGCAUAUACAGUCACUGACCUGAUAUCACUUUUCCUCGUGAAGAUUUAAAUAGAAAUUGCCAAAAUUAUAAUAAAUUAUUCAUACGACCUAUCCAUAUAAAAAAGAAGAUGUGGUAUGAUUGCCAAUGAGACAACUAUCCACAAAAGACCUGUUCUUGUUUCCAAUGUAUACUACGACUCGAACUUAUUUCUUUUGAAAUUUUUCGAGAAAAAAAAAUGUAAUUCACUUGUUAAUAUUUUGGUUUGCAAACUAUAGAUCAUUAUGUUUUAUGAUUAUUGUUGAUAUUUGAGUUCAUUUUAAAACAACUUCGUUCACCAUCGAUUGUGGGUUUCAACAGGUAAUAUACAUUUUAUUGUGUUUUAUAAGUACUGCACUCGUUCUAUUUGAGCAGUCAAAAUACGUUGAGCGUAUAUUUCUAUUUCAUAUACAGUCACUGACCUGAUAUCACUUUUCCUCAUGAAUAUUUAGAUAGAAAUUGUUGAAAUUAUAUUUAAUUAUUCAUACGACCUCUUCAACCUGUUUUUGUUUCCAAUGUAAACAACGAUGCGUUUAACGACUCAAACUUGUUUCUUUUAAAAAUUUUGGGAAAACACAUUUCACUUAUUAAUAUAUUUUGUUUGCAACCUACAUAUCAUGAUGUUUUAUGUUUAUUGUUGAUAUUUUAGUCUGUAAACAAAGGAAUUCGUUCACAAUUGAUUACAGUUUUCAACAGGUAAUGAUGUACAUUUCAUCGUGUUGUAUAUUUCUCUGCCUGUGUGAUAUGAGGCCUUUUAAAAGGAGGAUUUUCCCCAAUAUUUAAAUCGAAUAAAUAACAUUAACACACUAAACAACAAUUGAAAAUGUUUUUUUAGAUUGCAGUAUAAACACAAUAAUAGUGCAUUGACUUGAAUUAUCAACGAUAUAAGGAUUCGGCCCGAAACGGGGAAAAUGCUCGGCACAGCCUUGCAUUUCCCCGUUUCUAAGCCUCAUCCUUAUAUCGUUGACAUGUCAAGUCAAUGUUCA